GGGCCGACAAGAAAAAGAUCUUAACCAUAUGUUUUUGUCCUAAACACGUUGCGUGUUCUGUACUCUGCGUUCACAACUUAGGUUUUGCUUUUCACGACUCUCUGGUUUUCGUUCUCAUUAGGGUUUUUGAGCUCCUCCGCCAUGAUAUCACGGCGGCAAAAGAUCUUGGAGGAUCGUCAAGCCAUCGUCGGACGGUUAAAUGCUGGCGAAAACUCAUUGACGAUCCCAGACGAUCUCAUCUCCGAGAUAUUCUUGAGAUUGCCAGUUAAAUGUAUAGCCAGAUGUCGAUGCCUAUCGAAGCUCUGGGCAUCCAUAAUCAAUCGCCAAGAUUUCACGGAUCGCUACUUGAAAAUAUCAUCUACUCGUCCUCGUCUCUUGUUCGUUUUCCAUGAAAGCCGCAAGGUAUUCUUCUUUUCCGCACCUCAGAAUCAAGAAGAUGACAACUCGUCACCGACAACCUCCAGUUAUCAUAUGAGUUUCCCUGUUGAUUAUGUCGAAGGAAUAUGUAGUCCUAUCAGUGGUUUGGUCUGCGUUAAUAAUAAACAGAUCUUAAAAGGAAGGAGAACUCCAGUGAUAGUGUCAACGAUAUGUAACCCUAGCACGGGACAGUCCUUCACGUUACCUAGAAUGAAGACACGGAAGAAAAAGCCUGAUGCGAGAAGCUUUUUUGGGUAUGAUCCUGUUGAGAAGCAGUACAAGGUUUUGUCAAUGACAUUUGCAGAUGACGCUACGGAGCACCAGGUUCUGACGUUACAAACUGGGAAACUCUCAUGGAGGAUGAUUGAAUGUGGCGUACCGCAUCAUCCUGGGUCUAAUUCUAAUUCUGUUUGCAUCAAUGGUGUUUUGUAUUACAAAACUCUCUAUGGUGAGCAUAUUAUAGCCUCCUUUGAUGUUAGGUCUGAGAAGUUCAGCUUUAUUAAAGUCAAGGGGCCUUUCAUUCAUGCACUGUAUCCUACAACAGUCCUGAUAAACUUCAAUGGUAAAUUGGCUUCAAUUAGUCCGAGUGGCUACUAUCUUUUUAGUAAAGAAAGCACAAGUCUUGAGAUGUGGGUUCUAGAUGACAUAGAGAAAGAAGAAUGGUCCAAGCAUAUUUACAAACUGCCUCCGACGUGGGGGAAAGUAGUUGGAGAUGCCAUCUUACCCUGUUCAAAAGUGACUGCUUCAAAUGAAAUUGUGUUGUCAGAGUACCGUCUACGCUCUCCUUUCUAUGUUUUCUUCUACAGUCUUGAGAGGGGAACUAUCAGAAGAGUUGAAAUCCAAGGAAUGGAAGCGUUUACGCAUUCCAAAGUUUACCCUUUUGUAGACCAUGUAGAAGACGUCAAGCGUAUGAAAGGUGUGUGAUCAUGGGAUCUUAAUAGAGCGAGCCCCUUAUUUUCCGCUGGUUUUAUGUUUAGGGCGAUAAUGGUAUGUAACUUAUCCUCUUGUUCAGUGGUUCAUGCAUCCAAGGAGCAAUGUUUUUUCCUAUGCUAAGCAAAAAGAGUUCAGUUUUCGUAUUUUUUAUUUUCGGCAAAGCAUUGUACCAAUUGGUUAGCAUCCCAUUCUAUGUUACUCUCAAUACAUCAAUGUUUGCUUUAAGUAAAGGCUUUAUUCGAAUACAGACAUACAAAAGCUUCCAGAAACUAAUAUGAGAAUUGAAUUAAACCUUGUGCGUGUGGCCAAGAGUAUCUAGGAUUGUCUUCUAGGUUUUA